AUGACAGAGCUCCCUAAAUGGAAAAUCGCGGGAGAGACUGCAGCGGUUGCGGCUGAAGCAAGGAUGGACGAAGUCGCAAGGAUAAUUAACGAUUGCCUGGAUACUGCAGUAGCACCAGGAGCUCUCCAGAUUUACAAGAGAGUUCGGCGGGACUUCCAGAAGUUUGCGGAGAAAUUUCGGGUUCCCGUUCAGGCGAUCCACAAGUUACGGAACCUCGCCUACCUUAUCGAUAAAGGAAGAACCAGAACAUUGAGCUACAAUUUGGCAGCGUUGACUCACUUCUUUGGUCCUUUACCGACAGUUGACGAUGAAAUCCAACGAGCACUCCUCCGCACAGGAAACAAAAAGAGACCUCCGGUCCGCCACAGGACGAAAGCAACUGGAGAAGAUGUGGAAAAAGUGGUCGGAUUGGCCAUUAAUAGGUCAUCUACCAUGGCUGUCAAGGGAGCGGACAUGAUUUAG